AGUUGUGCUGAUGCACUUUUGGGACUCCUGGCCAGGUAACAGGGAGGUGCUGAAGCUGAGAGAGGGUUCCACGAGGGAGAUCAGGAAUCUGUGGGGCUAAUUUCUCGGUCAGUCCUUAGGGUUCUCCUAUAGAUGGUGGGAUCCAGGAGGGUGUCCCUUAAGCUCCUUCGCUGGGGUCAUUGAACUAGAUCCCUGUCUCAGGAUGGAGAUGUCCAAGCAAACCGUGUUACUGUCAAAACUGUGUGUCCUCCAGCAAGCCCGUUCCCCUCUCUGGGCCUUUCUUCUCUUCUGAAGAAUGAGGUCUAUGGGCCAGUACUGUACUUCUCAGUUCUGCUCUUCUCUGAUUCUCAGCUUCAAAGCUGAGCCCCUCCAGGAGAUUGGGGAACUUGGCAAGGCCCUGGGGAGGCAGCAAGGCUGGCUGGGGUGUGGGAUGCUUGGGUUCCUUUCCACCUACAAGGGCCUUGCCCCUGUUCCUCCUGGCCCGGUGCCUCCCACUUUGAGCCACCCUCGGCCUUCUUCUACCCCGCCCCCCGGCCUCUCCCUUCCCAACGCCUUCCAUGCUGCCAGGUAAAGCCUGCAGCUGAAGAUGGGAUCCCCCCGCCAGGUCCUUCCCUCCUUCCCUCCCUCCUUGGCGCCCAUCAGCCAGCCCAGGCCGUGGGGGCGGUGGCUGCUGAGUCUCCGUGCCAGGCCCAACCCCCGGAGACGCACCUGUUCUGACCUGCUGAGCAGGUUCCCAGGUUUCUGCCGUCGUUGUUGGCCACAGCGUGGGAAGCAGCUCUGGGGGAGCUCGGAGCUCCCGACCACGGCUUUUUGGGGGUAGCUCUACCUGGGUGGGCAGAGGGGGCCUGGGUCCCCUAGCAGAGACCCCAGAGGGACAGGCAGGGGUGGCCGUGCCUGAGGACUCCGUGAUCUCCUGCCUCUUGGGUCGGUGCCCUCUCCAGCUCUAGAGCCGGCUCCCAGGGAGAACUCGGUGGAACUUCAGAAACACUGGGUAGCUCUGCCUUCUGACCGAUGCCCCUGUCCCUGGGAGCCGAGAUGUGGGGGCCCGAGGCCCUGCUGCUGCUGCUGCUGCUGGCAUCAUUUACAGGCCGGUGCCGGCCGGGCGAGCUGGAGACCGCGGACCUGGUGACGGUGGUGCUGGGCCAGGACGCCAAGCUGCCCUGCUUCUACCGCGGGGACCCCAGCGAGCAGGUGGGGCAGGUGGCCUGGGCUCGGGUGGACGCGGGCGAGGGGCCCCGGGAGCUGGCGCUGCUGCACUUCCAAUACGGGCUGCACGUGGGCGAGGCCUACGAGGGCCGCGUGGAGCAGCCGCCGCCCCCACGGAGCCCCCUGGACGGCUCGGUGCUUCUGCGCAACGCGGUGCAGGCGGAUGAGGGCGAGUACGAGUGCCGCGUCAGCACCUUCCCCGCCGGCAGCUUCCAGGCGCGGCUGCGGCUCCGCGUGCUGGUGCCUCCCCUGCCCUCAUUGAACCCCGGGCCAGCGCUAGAAGAGGGCCAGGGCCUGACGCUGGCAGCCUCCUGCACGGCAGAAGGCAGCCCAGCCCCCAGCGUGACCUGGGACACGGAGGUCAAGGGCACAGCAUCCAGCCGCGCCUUCAAGCACUCCCGCUCAGCGGCUGUCACUUCAGAGUUCCACCUGGUGCCCAGCCGCAGCAUGAAUGGGCAGCCGCUCACCUGCGUGGUGUCCCACCCUGGCCUGCUCCAGGACCAGAGGAUCACCCACGUCCUCCAAGUGGCCUUCCUCGCUGAGGCCUCUGUGAGGGGCCUUGAAGACCAAAAGCUGUGGCAGGUCGGCAGAGAAGGAGCUACGCUCAAGUGCUUGAGUGAAGGGCACCCCCCUCCCUCGUACAACUGGACACGGUUGGACGGGCCUCUGCCCAGCGGGGUCCGAGCGGAAGGGGACACGCUGGGCUUUCCUCCGCUGACCACGGAGCACAGUGGCAUCUACGUGUGCCACGUCAGCAAUGAGCUCUCCUCCAGGGACUCUCAGGUCACCGUGGAUGUUCUCGACCCUCAGGAUGCCCCAGGGAAGCAGGUGGACCUGGUGUCAGCCUCUGUGGUGGUCGUGGGCGUGAUCGCCGCGCUCCUGUUCUGCCUACUGGUGGUGGUGGUGGUGCUCAUGUCCCGAUACCAUCGGCGCAAAGCUCAGCAGAUGACCCAGAAAUACGAGGAGGAGCUGACCCUGACCAGGGAGAACUCUAUCCGGAGGCUGCAUUCCCAUCACACGGACCCCAGGAGCCAGCCGGAGGAGAGUGUAGGGCUGAGAGCCGAGGGCCACCCUGAUAGUCUCAAGGACAACAGUAGCUGCUCUGUGAUGAGUGAAGAGCCGGAGGGCCGGAGUUAUUCCACGCUGACCACGGUGAGGGAGAUUGAAACGCAGACGGAACUGCUGUCUCCGGGCUCUGGGCGGGCAGAGGAGGAAGAUCGGGAUGAAGGCAUCAAACAAGCCAUGAACCAUUUUGUUCAAGAGAAUGGGACCCUGCGGGCCAAACCCACGGGCAAUGGCAUCUACAUCAACGGGCGGGGGCAUCUGGUCUGACCCAGGCCUGCCUCCCUCCCCUGAACCUGGCUCCUUCUGCUGACCUGGGGAAUUUCUGCUCAUCACGGGGGGCCCUCCCUCCACAUCUUAUCUCUUGAGGAAGAUGCUCCCCGUGUCCCACUGACUGCUCGACCUUUCCUCCAGCCCUUCUGUUCGACAAUGGGAGCUUCUGCUGGUCGAGUCCUCCCCGCCCCCCUUGUGUGUGCGUGUGUGUGCGUGUGUGUGCGCGUGCGUGUGCAUGUGUGCGUGUGUGUGUGUAGGGGCACCCGUGCCCGUGCUGCACAUCGUGCUGUCAGAGUCAGGUGCACUGUGAUGGGCUUGGCUUGUGUAUGGCGUGGCUGUGUGACCCCUACCCGGAAGCACAGGUUAUCUCUUCAGACCCCAGAGCAGUAUUAAUGAUGCAGAGGUUGGAGGUGAGAGGUGGAGACUGUGGGUCAGACCCCGGUGUGCAGGCAUAGCUGGAACUGGAUUCUGGCCUCCUGAGUUGGGGAGCCGGGCUCCCACCACUUGGGAGCUGAGGGGCGAACGUGAAGCAGCUGGCCCAGGGGUCUGCUGGGGACUAGCACCCCUCCGGGAGAAGCCCUUGGCCCUCUGGUGGCCUCUGGUGGCCUCUGGGCCUUGCUGCGUGUGCGUAUUUUCUAUAAAUCAACCUGCUGGGGGAGUGUCUUUAAGGAAUACUGCUCCGAAUACUUUUAAUAGAAGAAACAAAUCUUUAAAAAAAACAAAAAAAACACAACUUUUGAUUUAGCUGGAUCUUUGUUAUUAGUUGGUUUGUUUAGCGUGAGGCCAGCUUGCAGGGGAAGUCGGCAAAGCUGGACCCCGCUCAGACCCCGGCAGGGGUUUGUGCCUGUGCUCCUUCUAAGGUGCUCCUUCUAAGGCCCUUCACUGUAGGCAGGCUCUUGGGACGGGGCCUGGUGCUGUGCAGUCUGAGUUGGGGCGUGAGCCCCUGGGUCCCUGGCAGGAGGACGGGGUGGGGUCCUUGGCCCUUCCCCUGGCCGCCUCUCUCCUCCUAGCUGCAUCCGCAGUUGUCUGUGGUCCCUUGGGGGGGGUUGCGGGGUCUGGGUGACAAGGGCUCCUGGCUUGGUUGUGGUGUAGGGGAGACAGGGUAGUGAUUACAGCCCAAGGGAGGGGGAGUUUGGGUGGGGUGAAGGAGCUACUGGGGUCAAGAAUGUCUCCUUUCCCCCACGGGCCUCGGGGUCACUAAUCUGGGGCUUUUCUGGAAGUUUCUUGGGUCUGGGCUGGGGUUAGAUACGGUGCAUUUUUGCCUGGCCCACCUGAACACACUCAGCCAGAAUGCCCAAACCCUACUCGGCCUGAAAUCUGCUAGAUUUCUGGACCAAUGGAGAGACGGCAUCCCCUGCUCCCCAGCCAGCCCAGGACUUUGAAUGUGGAGCCCAAAGAUUGGGGUCCUCGUCUGUACAUUUUGUGUAAAUAUGUGCAUAUUUGUACAUAAAAUGGUAUUCUGUUUUUAAAUAAACAGAUAAAAGCUG